AAAAACACAAACACAAACACAAAGUAACUUGAACGAAACGGAUCGAAUCGCGACGUAUUCAACCCGUAAAUCUCGAUUACACGUAGAAUUUUGCUAGGGUUCUUCAGAAGCAAAAAUCCCAUAGCUGAAUCAAGUUCACGACAGAUAUAAUGAACUGCGAAGUUUGUCAACUCAAAGAACUGGAUGUGGAGUACUUUGAGAUACGCGAAGUUCUUCGAUGCAUCCUGCACACGGUUUUCUUUCACAGAGCUUUAGGACUGGUACGGCCCAAAGACAUUCAUUUGGAGCUUUUUGAAAUUACAUACGUGCAAUGUGGCGAUGCCGAACUUGAGAAGAAAGUCGAUGAAAAGAUUGACCAGUUCAUUGACAGGGUAGAGAAACACCCAAACAAGAAAAAUCAGAUAUGUUUAUCUUUCUUCGAAGUAAAGAACAAACAAGCAACAUGGUUUACUCACAAAGUCGAACGCUUAUACUGGGAGCAGUGGUAUAUAAAUUUAAACGUUGCUCAACACCCCAAACCACAUUCUGGCAAAUCGCAUCAUUCUAAAUUAACUGUACACCCUGGAGAAAGUGCAUCGGACGAGAGAAAUGCUAGGCGGGCAGCACUCGAGUCUUCUCUGCAUGAAGUUUUAUUUCAAAUAAUUAAAUUCGUUAAUGAGAAAAAAGAUCACAUUCCUCCAAUACCAAAUAAGGAAGGAGUCUCAUUUCCCUAUGAAAUUACUAUCUCGAGUUCAUCGGAUUCAGCGUUUGGGAUGGACAUGAUCAAGAGGAUGCUCCAAACUGGGCAUCCUACAAUGCUCAGCUGAUUGCUGCUUACAUUUCCACAGCUUAUGGAUGGGAAGAGGUGGGGCCCAUGUAAAUUGGUGUUCUGUAAAUAUAAAUUUGUUUAACGAAAGAAUGUAAGGGCUCUAGAUUAAGAUUAGUAGAUUUUAGGAGAGAGUUCACAACCUGCCAUCAAUGUGUUUAGAUUGUUGGAUCAAAUUUGAAGUUUGUUCUCUGAUGAAUUUGUCAUUCCAAUGGCCUGUU